GAGGUGCUGUAUGCAAACACGUCCAAGAGAGAGAUGGCAACGUCAACGCGCAUAAUGAUGAGCCCAUGGAACCGUCGGAUGUGAACGCGCUUCUUCCUCCCCUUGGUGAUCGACCCCUAGGUUUACAUAUCUGAUCAUCUGACAUUGAUCGGCGCAGCUCACUUCAAGAGACGAGGAACCGAAGCAGAAGCUCAGAAAAAAAUCAUUCAGGUGUUCUCCUUUUGGUCUACAGGAGGGACGAGAGGAGACUGACUGCGCUUCCCCGCAUCAUCCUCUUCCUCGCGCUGCCGAUUCCCCAUCACAAUGGCUCUGACCAUCUGCACCAGAUUCACGGAUGAAUAUCAGCUUUUUGAGGAGCUCGGAAAGGGCGCGUUCUCUGUCGUGAGGCGAUGCGUGAAGAUAUCAUCCGGCCAAGAGUAUGCGGCCAAAAUCAUCAACACAAAGAAGCUGUCAGCCAGGGAUCACCAGAAGCUGGAGAGAGAGGCCAGGAUUUGCCGUCUCUUGAAACACCCGAAUAUUGUUCGACUUCAUGACAGCAUAUCGGAGGAGGGCUUCCAUUACCUAGUCUUUGAUCUGGUUACUGGAGGUGAGCUGUUUGAAGACAUUGUAGCAAGAGAGUACUACAGUGAGGCUGAUGCCAGUCACUGCAUUCAGCAGAUUUUGGAGAGCGUUCAUCACUGCCAUGUUAAUGGGAUUGUCCAUCGGGAUCUGAAGCCUGAGAAUUUGCUGUUGGCCAGUAAGAUGAAGGGGGCGGCAGUUAAACUUGCUGACUUUGGUUUGGCCAUAGAAGUCCAGGGCGAUCAGCAGGCAUGGUUUGGUUUUGCUGGUACUCCAGGGUACCUGUCCCCGGAGGUCUUGAGGAAAGAUCCUUAUGGUAAACCUGUGGACAUGUGGGCCUGCGGUGUGAUUCUCUACAUUCUGCUGGUUGGAUAUCCUCCAUUUUGGGAUGAAGACCAGCAUCGCCUCUAUCAGCAGAUUAAGGCUGGUGCUUAUGACUUCCCUUCUCCUGAGUGGGACACAGUGACCCCUGAAGCUAAAGAUCUGAUUAAUAAGAUGCUGACUAUCAAUCCUUCCAAACGCAUCACAGCUGCUGAAGCCCUCAAACACCCCUGGAUCUGCCAACGCUCCACUGUAGCCUCUAUGAUGCACAGACAGGAAACCGUGGAGUGCUUGAAGAAAUUCAAUGCCAGAAGGAAACUCAAGGGUGCAAUUUUGACCACUCUCCUGGUCACAAGAAACUUCUCAGCCAAGAGCUUGUUGAACAAGAAGACAGAUGGUGUGAAGGUUAACAACAAAACCAACCUAGCCAGCAGCCCCAAAGACACAGGCCCCGCCCCAGCACUGGAGCCACAAACUACCGUGAUCCACAACCCAGUGGACAGAAACAAGGAGUCUACAGAGAGUGCCAACACGACUAUCGAGGAUGAGGACCUUAAAGCCAGACGCUUUGGAAACCUCAGCAUUAAUUCAAUCUGGCAACCCGCGGGCCGCCCGCAAAACUCCGAGCCCAAGCAGGCGCCCAACUCCUCGGUGCAGACUUGCCAAGUUAUCAAUAAAGCUCGAAAGCAGGAGAUCAUAAAGGUGACCGAACAGCUGAUUGAAUCCAUAAACAACGGCGACUUUGAGGCUUACGCAAAGAUUUGUGAUCCUGGUCUUACUUCCUUUGAGCCAGAAGCUUUGGGAAACCUGGUGGAGGGACAUGACUUCCACAGGUUCUACUUUGAGAAUGCUCUGUCCAAAGGUAAUAAGCCUGUACACACUAUCCUGCUGAACCCCCAUGUGCACCUGAUCGGGGAGGAUGCGGCAUGUAUCGCGUAUAUCCGUCUGACCCAGUACAUGGAUGGCAGUGGGAUGCCACGCACCAUGCAGUCAGAGGAGACCCGCGUCUGGCACCGUCGAGAUGGCAAGUGGCUGAACAUACACUUCCAUCGCUCUGGAGCCCCCAGUGUGCCCAUCAAGUUUUGCUGAUGUGUGUUUGUCUGUGUAUAUUGUUGUAGUUAAUGGAAUAUUAAGCUUCAAUAUUUCCCCAACUGAGGAGAAACCAUCAGCAAAAACCCAACCGUCUGUCAGUCAAGCUGAAGGUGUGUCUCCUAAGCCACACCUUCUUUCCAACAACCACGCCCCUCUCCCUUCCCCCUUGAGGGUCGUUUACAUGUUAUCGCACAUGGACCAGAGAGUUCAAGCGUUUUGCUAAAGGUCAUCACGUACACCAAAACCCGUGGGCCAUUCGCAUAUAUGGACAUUAUUAAAAGGAGUGUAUUUUUAACAUUUUAUUUUCUUUCUUUUUUUAAGCUGUUUUGGUAUGCAUUUUAAAUGUAUAGAUAUGUAAAGAGAAUCACCUUUCCCCAAGUCUGUACUGUAUUUUUAUGUCUAUUUAUGUGUGUGCAAUAUAUCAAAUUUUGAAAGAUAAGAAUGUUAAUAUUGAGCUUGCUAUUGUUCUGGUGAUGUACAUAUGUCGUGAUCGUUCAGAUAAAAAAUGAUAAAAUAAAAAAUCUUUAAAAAAAAAAACAACAACAAAAAAACUUUAAGAAACUUUUAAAAAUACGUACAUUAAAUUCUGGCUUACAGCAAAAUUAAAGAUUUUAGUAACCGCUGUCAAAAAGCUUUGUUUAUAUUCGCUAGCUUACAAUGUUUGGCUCCUUGAAGAUUCUGAUUUACUUUACUUGAUUUAAGAAAACUGCAGAAUACUAAUAAGGACUGUAUGUUUACCUUUAUGUCAUAGAAUAUGAGAAAAAAAACACAAUAUCAAUGAGAAUGUAGCAUAUAUGAUACAUCAAACUGACAAGCAUUGGGUAAAUGCAUGGAGGACUAUUUUUUGAAUGACCAUGCUGUUUUUUUUUCUUUAUUUAUGUUGUGUAAUUCAUGGUUUCCUUAUCAAAUUGUGUUUUAUUUCUAUCAAUAUCAUAAGGAUUUGAUACAAUAAUGAUGAUAGUGAAUAUCAUCAUUAUGAUCCAACAUAUCUAUAAGUAUCACUAUCACCCUUCCUUCAGAUCUAUGUAGCUUAAUUUUCCUAUACUGAGUGGCUGUGAAAAUAUCCUUUGACUUUAUAUCAUGGCUGUAUGAGAAAAAUAAAUAUAAGUAGCUUAUGAGAAACUACAUGUAUCAUUUUCACACGACGUUUGUGAUUUUUAUUUAUCCCGACAUUAUUUUCGCCAAAAGCAAGACGAGUGAAAGUGAGCUGAGCCUGAUUUACAAGCAUGCACACUGCCCCCUAGUGGCGACUUUCUGUCUGUGCGCCACUCAAUCGGAAGAUGAUGUUUUGUCGGAAUGGAACGGUCUUCCGUGAGGAAAAACCUCACAACUACUGGACUAUGCCAACACAGUACUUUCCGUUUUCUCCAUGUUCCUUUUUCUCUUCUUAAAGACAUUUCCUCUGCUGAUACUUACAAAACCUCGACGCCAAUAUGAGGAUGUGAAGAACUACAUAAUUUGUUGCCAUGGUGGCGCUAGCAAAUCAACAUAUUUAAUGAAAACUACAAUAAAGGUGUGAUAUGUACUGUA